AAAGUUUUCAAGGUAGUUGUCCCUAAAGAUUUUUAGAAAAUUUUGCGGUAUUUAAAUGAUUUAAAAGCUAAAUACUUUAGUUUUCAACAUUUAUAUUUAUCCAGGAAACGCACUAUAUCCAUUAUUUGUUAUAAACGAUGAGUACGAAGAUCCUCAAAGCGGGCGGUACCGAAGCCGACUCCUUCGAGACUUCGAUCUCGCAGGCGUUGGUCGAGUUGGAGACAAACUCUGACCUGAAGGCGCAACUUAGGGAGCUUUACAUUACUAAGGCCAAGGAAAUUGAACUGCACAACAAGAAGUCAAUCAUCAUCUAUGUGCCGAUGCCCAAACUGAAGGCUUUCCAAAAGAUCCAAAUCAGAUUGGUGCGUGAGCUGGAAAAGAAAUUCAGCGGCAAGCAUGUGGUGUUCAUUGGAGACCGCAAGAUCCUGCCCAAGCCCAGCCACAAGACACGCGUCGCCAACAAACAGAAGAGGCCGCGCUCCAGGACCCUGACUUCAGUGUACGAUGCUAUCCUGGAAGACCUUGUGUUCCCCGCUGAGAUCGUCGGCAAGCGCAUCAGGGUCAAGCUGGAUGGUUCACAACUCAUCAAGGUGCAUCUAGACAAGAAUCAACAGACCACCAUUGAGCACAAGGUGGACACUUUCCAGUCUGUGUACAAGAAGCUGACGGGUCGCGAAGUCACCUUCGAGUUCCCCGAACCUUACUUGUAAACUUAGACUACUUUACAAUAAACAAAAAACCUUA